AUGUCGGAUAACUCAGCUCUCCUCCUCGAGAAGCUGCUUGCAGCCGUCACCUCGAUCCAGCACGACCAGAAAGCGCUUGCCGCCGCCGUCGACGCAAUCAACGGCCGCGUCAAUGCCCUUGCCGACGUCAAGGAGCUCAGAGAUGCAGCUCGUCCCAAGACGCCCGUCGGCACCAAGGCCGUCGUGGUCCCCCAAUCGCCGUCGACCGAGGAGCAGGCCCCGCCGUCGGAAGUGACAGCCACCAUCUCCGCCGCCGGCUCCACCGUGCAGAAGAAGCCAACCACUUCCAGAAUCAUCCUGACCACUUACCCCGGCCAGAGCGGCAUUGAUCCCGUCAUCAUGAACUGGGGCGAGAAGGACCCAAUGAAGAGGGGCCCCAUAGUGGUUGCCAGAGGCACCCAAACCGUCAGACGCAGAAACGCUAUUGGUGCCCAUGGCGGUUCUUACAGCAUCUACCAUGCUCUGGCUCUCGCCAUCAACGAGCUGAAACCCGACCACAAGCCUGACUUCACCAACACUGAGCCUGCAGCUACUAUCGGCCCGUUCCCGGCAUGGUCCGACCCCAAGAAGAUCGUCGCUAUGGACCCAUACGGCCAUCUUGCCCCAUGGCUCUACAAGGAAUACAUCGACAAGGAGGGUGUCGAGAUCCGCCCCACCAUCGCUGUCACCAAGGCCCACAUGCGUCUGCCUGAACUCGAGCAGUCCGUCCGCGACGGCACCCUAGAAGUGGAUGGCAAGAUUGUGAUGAACGAGUUUGGAGAGUUGGCUGUCACAAAGUUCGCCGUAGAGCCUGUCUGGUAUCUGCCGGGAGUCGCUGAGAGAUUUGGUAUUGAUGAGGGCACCCUGCGUCGUUCUCUGUUUGACAACACCGGUGGAUCUUUCCCGGAGCUGAUCACUCGUCCGGAUAUCAAAAUAUUCAUGCCGCCGAUUGGAGGAUUGACGGUGUACUGCUUCGGUGAUGUCGCCAAGAUGUCGGACCCCAAUGUCAAGCUCGCACUGCGUGUUCACGACGAGUGCAACGGCUCGGACGUGUUUGGUUCCGACAUCUGCACCUGCCGGCCGUAUCUGCUGUUCGGUAUCGAGGAAGCCGUUAAGGAAGCGCAGAAGGGCGGAAGCGGGGUGGUAAUCUAUUUCCGCAAGGAAGGAAGAGCCCUAGGAGAAGUCACCAAGUACCUCGUAUACAAUGCCCGAAAACGCGGAGUCGACAGGGCAAGCGAGUACUUCCAGAGGACUGAGAACAUCGCAGGAGUCAAGGAUAUGAGGUUCCAGGCAUUGAUGCCCGAUAUCCUCCAUUGGCUGGGUAUCACCAAGAUCGACCGUAUGCUAUCCAUGUCGAACAUGAAGCAUGAUGCUAUCGUCGAGCAAGGCAUCCCCAUCCUCGAGCGAGUCCCGAUUCCGGAUUCGAUGAUUCCCGACGACUCCAGGGUGGAAAUUGACGCAAAGAUCCACGCCGGGUACUUCACCACCGGCAAGGUCAUGAGCAUGGAAGAAUUGUCAGCCGUACAGGGCAGGGCGUGGGAGGAUGUCGACCAUUAG